UUUUUAACAGAGUACAUCCUGUAAGGGAAAGCUCUACUCUGAUACUGUUUCCCAAGAGAUGUACAAAUAUCGAUUGACGUUCAGCAGAUUAAUCUGAUUUGAUGAACGAGUCUCAACUGUUGCUACUACGCUGUUUCACGUCUUAAUACAAAGCAGAAUGUGGCGUGUAUGAUUCAUGGACGGUUCACUAUCAAUCACGGUGGAACCGGUGGCUGGUGAGGUCAGUGCGGUGGUCAGUGGCCGCUGAAAGCGAAAGAGCGAGCGCGUUCCGCGCGGUAUGGGGGCUGAGCGAACGGUGGAUAUACCUAGGAACGGCGUGAACGAGCGGGAAUCGUUUGCCGGUUCCUUGGCCGGUCGGUAGCGAAACGCGUUUAACCAAAGCGGCUGUCUCGGUAUCGCGAGUUUCCAAGCCGUCGAAAGUACUCCGAUACCAGGUACCGGGUUCGUGGGGAAACCUCGUGGACCGAAAGUGGUGGACGCACGGCUGGCGUACGACCGCGGCCAAUGCCAGUCACCAGUGAAACGUGAAACGCGAAACUGGGCGAAAGUUUCGCCUGCUGGCCAGGACGAACCGAGGAAGGGAGGCCGCGAUUUGCCGCGAAUUUCGAUACUUUAUUAGACCUCGUCCGGACCAUCCGAGGUGGUCACUCGGAUGACAAGUGCCGCGCGGUCUUGUCGCUUGCUCUGUGUCUACAUAUUACUUCCUCGUCCGCGUUCGCCGUGUACGGAGAACUGGUGCGGCUGAGAUCUGACGAAGGUUCGUAGCUCAGCUGACUUAUAAAGUGUUUCAUACAGUUGGAUAUUGUUGCUGACGACGUGUUACGAGUGACAUGCGCGAGGAUAAGCCGUGAAGAAUCGAGAGCUGAAGAAGAACAGGAUCAAAUAUGACGCGAUCGAGGAAAACGCUUUACUUCCACCUGCUGACUUUCUUGGUACUCGUCUCUCGUCUUCAUUCUGUGGCAGGAUGUCAGUUCUACCCAGUAGGAGAGUACUUGAAAUUCGUCAGGGUGCCAGAGAAUCUUGCGAAGGGCACGGAAAUCUUGUCGCUGGAGGCUCACCCACGAAGUCACGUGUCGAUUAUGCCAGUGGACAAAGACGAGGAUGCCCGUUUCUUCGCUUACAAAGAGUCGAACGAGACGCACGUCUCCCUGGUGCUGGCCCAGUCGCUGGAGGACCUCGUCGACACGGAGAUACCUAGAAAUCUGCUGAAGUUCCGGGUGGUUUGCGAUUACUCCGACGACGGCGAUUCCCUGGUGACGUCGCACCUGUCAGUGACGGUCUACGUGGAGGACAUAAACGAUCAUGCCCCACAAUUUGUCGACGCGCCUUAUCACGUAACCGUGGACGAGCUUACUCCAGUCGGCGUGACGAUAUUUCGCGGUAUCCACGCGAUCGAUGGCGACAAGCCGAACACGCCGAACAGCGACGUUCACUACGCGAUAGUAAAGGGCAACGAGCACGGCAAAUUCUCCUUGGAAUCCGGGCAUAGAACCGCUCUGAUACUCCGUAAACCAGUGGAUUACGACAAUGGCGACCGCGAGUUCACGCUGGUCAUCGCAGCCACGGACCGCGGCGUGCCGGCCAGAAGCACCAACACGACCGUGAAGAUCACGAUAGUAGACAACGACGAUCUUGAUCCGAAGUUUACGAGGGACGUGUACCGGGCGAAGAUUUACGAGUUCUAUCCGAUGCCGGAAUAUCCAAUCUUCAUUCCAAUUAAUUUCACCACACCGAUCCAAGCAACUGAUUCGGACCGCGACAUCAACGUGCCUGUCCGCUACGACAUAAUAUCUGGUAACGAGCGUGGUUUCUUCCAUCUGGAUCCGAAGAAUGGGACUCUGUUCUUGAAACGGCCCAUCGACUUGGACGCCGAACGGAACUUACCGUCAAACACGUUCACGCUGCAGAUUCACGCUUCCCAAGUGGACAAUCCAUUAAAAACAGCAGUGGCUCGCGUGGAGGUGGAAGUGCUCGAUCUGAACGAUAACCUCCCGGAGUUCGAGGUGGCUCUGUACAAUAUUAGUAUAGUGGAAAACCUACCGAACGGGUUCAGCGUGUUGCAAGUGAUAGCGACCGAUAAGGACCAAGGCGAGAACGGGCAGUUUGAUUACGAGCUGAGCGACCCUUUAGGCGCGUUCUCCGUGGAUCCGAGGUCUGGAUGGCUCACGGUGCGGGACCAGUCGGUUUUGGAUCGGGAGAAACGGGAUCACCUGCGAAUUAGGGUGUCCGCGAUCGAGAGGAAGCCCAGCGUCGUCCAUCGCAACGGUUCGUGGAGAACCAACGGAUCCUCCGUCGACGUCGAAGUGACGCUGCUCGACGCGAACGACAACAAUCCGAUUUUCGUGCCGGGAAAUCUCUACGAGCUGACCGCUAGGAGCGACUAUAAAGUGGGCACGGUCCUCGGACAGGUGCAUGCAGUCGACGACGACCUCGGUCCCAACGGGAUGGUCAGGUACAGGCUGCAGAAGCCAGGGAACUUGACCGCGCGCACGCCCCCAUUUAUGGUCGAUGAGGUUACUGGCAUGAUCACGGUCGCCCAGAGCCCGAUCCUCGAGGGGAGACACGCGAUCUUCGUCGAGGCUGCGGAUCAACCGGCCAAUCCCAGCGAGAGGAGAUUUUCCCUAGCCGUCGUCACUGUCGACGUACUCAGAUCCGAUGGGCCAGAGUCGCUCGAGCCGGACUUCGUCGGAGCCCCUUACGAAUUUUGGGUCGGUGCCAACGUUCCAGUCGGCACUAGCGUUGGCCAAAUCCGCUUGAACGACGCCGUAAAGACCAACGACCUGAUCUACGAUCUGCUGCACAGCUACGAGGAGGGUGUGCCGUUCGCCGUGGAGGAACGCUCGGGGACGAUCACCGUCGUAGACGAGAUCGAGACAUUCGACCGGUCGACCUACGACUUUGAGGCGGUCGUCACCGACGAACGGGAGCUGAUGCUGAUUACAAACGUGUCCAUCCACGUGGUCGACCCUAACGACGAACGGGGCAUCUUCACCAAGGGAACGACCACCGCCCCUCUGGUGUUCCACGUGAAGGAGAACGUGGCUGGCGCGUACAUCGGGCAAGUGCUUCCGCAAAACAGCUCCGCCUCAGCCACCGUUGGCACCCGGUUCUUCAUCGUUAAUCAGCAGGAUGUGCCUGAUAUCUCGAUCACAGACGACGGGGCCCUUUACGCACCCAAUGGUCUCGAUCGCGAGACCAGGCAGAAUUACAGCAUCACGGUGAUCGCGGAGAGCCCGCGAGGCGUUGGAGUCUUCCAAGUGAGCGUGAUUGUACUCGACGAGAACGAUCACGCACCGGUAUUCACGGUGCCGUUGUACGAGGGUCGGAUUCUGGAGAAUAGUUCAGCCGGGACGAAAAUAAACUUAUCGAUUCCCAUCGCGGCUACCGACAAAGACGAGGGUAUCAAUCAAAACUUUGUCUUCAGUCUUCACGGCGAGGGUAGCGAGCUUUUCCGAAUCCAUCCGACAACGGGUUUGGUAUACUUCGAGGGAAUCGAUGAUCGCACGCUGGACAGGGAGGCGAAAGCAAACUACAGCUUCACGAUCGUUGCUAAGGACAGCGGCGGUCUGACUUCAGAAGCGAAGCUGCGGAUAACGGUGACCGACGUGAACGACAAUCCGCCGAGCUUCGUCCGAAUGAUCGUUCUACCAGAUCAGGGAGUUCACGUAUCGAACGAGCCCGAUAUCGAGACGGCCCAGGACGAGGGGAACGACGUGCUCGAUAUGACCGAGCCUGCCGGAAGUAGACCGACCAGCAGCCGACGGUCGCCUCUUCUUCUCGUGCCGGAAAACGCUAUGAUCGGGGCGCCGAUAGUGCGGCUGCUCGCGGAGGACAAGGACGAGGGAGCGAACGCGGCGAUAACGUACAGCCUAGGGAACGAGACGACUUCCGGCGACGACAAGUCGCGAGGCUUCGACACGACCGGCCGUAGGUACUUCCAUCUAGAUCCGAGAUCCGCCGAGAUAUCCGUGGCCAGGGGACUUCCGGCUGGCAAGAAUAUUCAUCUGUUCGUACUGGCCAAAGAUUCCGGAGGCCUGACGGACAAUAUCACUGUAAGGAUUCACGUGGUCGACGUUAACGACCACGCGCCUACGUUUGACAAGUCCUGGUACACGUUCGACGUACCCGAAGGCGUUUAUACUGGCUAUGCCCUUGGCACCGUCCGAGCCGUGGACGCAGACUUUGGUGCUAACGCGAAUAUUAGCUAUGAACUGAUCACUGCUAGCGAAAAUCUGGAGAAUCCUAGCAACAAGUCCAGGACUUUUGAUGUUACGCCUCACGAAGGCUUAAUUACAGUGAGCGGAGUCCUCGACAGGGAAACUGCAGCUGUUCAUCGCCUCCUGGCAGUGGCUCGCGAUAAUGGCACACCGCGGUUGAGCUCCACGGUAGAAGUAGAAGUAAACGUAUUAGACGUGAAUGACAAUGCUCCCACGUUCCACAGCUACGACGAGAUCGAGAAGGAUAAGAACGGAGAUCUCGUUCCAGUCUACCACGCGUCGGUGUUUGAGAACAGUCCCGCAGGUACUCAAGUGAUCAAAGUUCACGCGAACGACUCAGAUUUCGCUGGCAAUGGGAACGGCUUAAUUCUGUUCGACCUGACCCAUCAAGGACAGCCUGAGAAACAAUACUUUUCCAUUGACAGCAAAGAGGGUGUAAUCACGACUAUAGGUAACCUGGAUUACGAGAGCCAAAAGAAUCAUCGGUUGUUGGUCACUGCUAGUGACUUGGGGUCACCGGUCAGCUUGACUUCCACUGCGGUAGUAUUAGUCACGGUAUUAAACGUCGACGACGACGAGGAGGACGCGGAGAACGAGGUGCACAAAACUCCUUCGUUCAAGCACAAGUAUUACGAGGUGGAAGUCGAAGAGAACGUCGCGGUGCCGCUUCUGGUCGCCCAGUUGGAAGUGCCGGACAGUAUGAACAGCGAGCAUAUAAGGUACAGCAUUGUAGCGGACGAGACGAACGCGAGGGAACUUUUCUCGAUCGACCCUAAGAACGGCUCGCUGUAUUUGAUGACGGACGUGGAUAGAGAGGUGAACGAUCGAUACGAGGUGAAGGUCAGGGUCGACAGGGUGAAGAUUGGUCGCGGGAUGCCGGUGAUGAUUUACCCGGUGGUCGGUGAAAGGCUGAAUGGUCUGGCGCCUAACGAGGCCAGGGUCGUCGUCAGGGUGAAGGAUGUUAACGACAAUGCACCGAGAUUCAAGUCAAAGGGCCGGCCCAUCCUCGCCGCGAUACCAACCACUGCCCAUUACGGCUAUGAGGUCGUCAAAGUCGAGGCGGAAGACCCGGACGAGGGAGCAAACGCCGAGAUCCGAUACCAAAUUCUUGGCCGGGAAGACGCGCCGCGAUUCGCCAUUGACCCACUCAGCGGUCAAGUACGAUCCGUGGCGAGUUUUGGCCGUGACGCUGGUCGCGUUUUCGGGUUCGACGUGAAGGCCACCGACAGACGGGGCGCCGAGAACGGUCGCAGCAGCAUCGCCAACGUCUUUGUGUACGUGCUGGAUGAUCAGAAACAGGUCGUUAUGGUCGUCGGCCGGAGGCCCGUGGACGUCGAGCCCCAGCUGGAAAACAUCACCGCGAUACUUCAAAACGUGACGGGUUUGGACGUACGAGUGAGGAAACUGGAACCGCACAUUGAAAAAAAUCUAAUUGACACAAUGUCUACCGACGUUUACCUCUACGCAAUUGACCCUCACUUAAACGUGAUGAUAGACAUGGAUACUUUACACAAUGUAUUUAACACAAAGAAAACGGAGAUCAAGCGCGAGCUGGACGAGUACGAUGUCCUGCACAUCGCCGGAAGCUCUCCUCGCCGUGGUAAUCAACGUUACCUGCUAUCCACCCUUGAAGUUGGUGUGAUGGUGCUCGGCUGUGUCGUCUUUGUGGGUGCCCUCGUCACUGCCCUUUGCGUCACGUGCGUCCGCAGGAACAAACGUCGCAGACGUCGGGAGAAAGCGAUGUUCUCGACCACCAGCCCGAUUGGAUUCGCAUUGGCAGAUCCGACCGCGACGCUGCAGAAGCCGUCGUUGUUCCCGACUUUUGUCGACGGCCUUCGCUACGACCCUGAACCGUUCUGCGCCGACAUGUCGAGGCGACAGAGCAUCUGCGAGCACGGAGCCAACUGCGCCCGCUUCCGCGCGAUGGGCGGUUGUAGUAAGCACGCUGGGAGGACGACAGGGACCCCGAAAGGCCUCGAGGCAUCCGCGACGUCCUUGCAUUCCAGUGGUCAGGAUUCUGGAAUCGUGGCGCGCGCCUCCUGCCACUGCAGUCACUCGUCCAGCCCCUCCAGCGGCGAAAGCAGCAACGGCUACGAGGAUUCGCUGAAAUCCUUACAGCGUCGCGAGAGGAUUAACGACGCGCCUCGUGGUAGCCACGAGGUGUUGAACGUGGCGGGAAGACGCGGCCACCAGACGACGUCCAGGAGGCGGCAACGGUUCAACUCGAUCUCGAACGGGGAAUCCGUUUACUCGCACGAGAUGACGUUGCAGCGGGAGCAACGUUGUUGCGCCGGUACCGAGAAACGGCGGAAGAACGACGGGAUGACACGCGAACACCGCCGCGCGCAUUCCGAGGCGGAAAACAAUAUCACCGAGACGGUGAUACACGAACAUCCCGGCACCGAGAUCUCGCUCUCGAGCUCUUUGCAGAAUACGUCCGUUCUUCAUGGUUUAUCGAGAUCCACUCACAUGCUGUAUUAACGGCAACGGGACUGAGGAAGACGAUGAAGAGGAGGAAGGAGGUUUCAAUGGGGAGCAGGGGUCUUCCUGGCCAUGAAUCUCUGUUGCGUUCUCUUUUUUAAGAAGUUACCAAUUAACGUCCAGACGGGGAAAAAUACGCGUUUAGAUACGAUCUAUACAUAUAAGUGUGUCAUCUCGUUACCAAAGUACUCGUCAUUAUUCGAUAGUCAUUCAUUCAUGUAAAUACAAAACUCUUAUCGGUACUUUGAGAUCCAUAUUACUACGUUUCCAAUUUCCAUUUUUUUACAUGAUCAUUUAAUAUUUAUUAUGUAAGAAUUUGUAUGUAUAAAAUUUAUGUAUGAUACAUUUUGCAAAUAUCGAAAUUUAUCUAAUCCUUUUUGUUAGAAGAAGUUAUGUAAAUAACUUUGAAAUUAACAUAAUGUUAAAAAUUGGAGAAAAUUGUAUAAUAUUUCUCCUAAGUUCAAUAUUUAUAUAUUUUAUAGUUAAUGAUUUAGUUUUCAUUCAAAUCUAUCUGUGCCUUGUGAAUAUGCGAAUUCUCGUGUCUUCUAUUAUAUUAAUCUUUACUGUAUUAACUGUAUUUAGAAGCGAAUGUUAGAGCAGGUACAGACUUGAACACUAGGCAUGAAUGAGGCAAGCCCUAAGUGCCACUGAUACCAAGCAGUAAAUCGCCUCCUUUAAUCCGUACCUCUCUUGGAAAUGAGCUAUUGAUUUAUCCAAACGAGUUCAGAUACGAAAAGAAUUGGAAGAUACCCACUCCUAUAGAAUGCCCAUACUAAACUCUAUUCAACUUCUAGUUUUGAAAAUGUCUUGGAAAUACAAUUGUAAUAUUUUUACUCGUGUCACUCACGAGAAACCCGCACAUCGAACUUCUAUUAAAAAUCCAAGAACUUUAAUUGUUUAUAACUUUGGAACGAAUGAAAAUAUCAAGACGAGGUUUGGACUGUUAACAGCGAGGUAGCCUCCUCUUUAAAGUACAGUUUGACUCAUCUCGACAAGUCUUACGGUUGCGGAGAUAUUGUCGUGUAAAGAGAACUGCGAUUUUUUUUCUCUGCCGCUAUCGCUGUCCUCCUUAAUCGGCCUGGGCCUCUCUCUUGCACCUUGACCCAGUUACUGACCUGCCCUAACUCCCACCGCCGCGUCUAGACACCUGCUGCGGUUCUAGGAAAAUAACCCUUUCGUUCUAGGAACGGUAUCCCUCGUACAGCUCAAACGUCGACAUUUUCGAAGUCUGGAACGAAUUUUGAUAUCAGAAUGAAUCAAAAGCAGUUCUCGGCUUUGAUUCCUCUAUGAACUGCUGGGCUAUUAAUUCACAUUAUUAAUAUAGAGGUUUGACCUCUCAGUGCUGAAUAAAAUUAAAAAUAGUGGUGCAAACUGUAUAUUUAUUUUUAAUAUAUUGUUUUUAUAUUCAUUUGGUGUUUCUGUGCAAGUCUGUGUCUGCCCUAAAAAAAUGUAACAUAUGUACGUUGGUACUUAACGUCGCGCGCGAUGGCAAAUAACUGUGUUAUAUGUAAAUCUUGAAUAAAUGGUACAUUAUCGAUACGGAA